UCUGCUAAGAUAGAUGAUUUUAUAGAACAUGAUUAUGGUAAUAUUUAUAAGUCUGAUACACCUAGCUCUAAUAACUCUGCCUUAACAUCUUCUAUACUGAUUAAUAACAAAACUAGCAAAACAACUAGCAAGAUUAUUGGCAAAAGUAUAAGCAAAACCCCUAAUAGAGCUACUAGUGAAACUGCUGAUAAAGUUGCCAGUAUAGAAAUGCAAAGAGUUGUUGGAGACCAAACGGAAGAUAGUGCAGGAGGACAAAGGAAUUAA